AUGGGUGCUCCGGUGAGCUGGGGAAGCAAAAAGCAGUCAAGUGUGUCGCUGUCAACAAGUGAAGCUGAGUACAUUGCACUAAGUCUGGCGAUUCAAGAAGGCAAGUGGGUGCAUCGAUUGCUGUGCGAGAUUCUGGAUGCCGCAGAGGACAAGUCUGGACCCGAGCUCAAGAUCAUGGAAGACAACCAGUCGUGCAUCAAGAUGACGAAGAAUCCUGUGAACCAUGGUCGGGCCAAGCACAUCGACAUCAAGUACCACCACAUUCGUGAUGAAGUCAAGCGUGGUGAUGUCAAGUUGGAGUACUGUGAGACUACGAUCAUGUUGGCGGACAUCAUGACGAAGGGACUGCCAGGACCGCGUCACAAGGACUUGACGGCAGCGCUCGGCAUACACGCGUGUUCGCAUUGA